CACAGGAGUAACUUCUGCACAGGACAGUGCCCCGCUGCAGUUGCCUCUCCCCAUGGAAGAAAUUGAAGCCAGAGAAGCCUGCGACUGGCUGAGAGCUGCUGGAUUUCCCCAGUAUGCUCAGCUGUUUGAAGAUAUGCAGUUUCCCAUUGAUGUAAAAACUGUGAGGAGAGAUCAUGAAUUUUUAGAUGGAGAUGCGAUUGAAUCACUGUUCAGAAGGUUGAACACAUUGAACAAGUAUGCAUCAAUGAAAGUGGAAAUAAGCCGUGAUAGGAAACGGAGUGACGACUCUGAAGAUGAUGAACCUUGUGCAAUAAGUGACAGAUGGGCUUAUGAGAGGUGCAGCCAGCGGUGGUCUCGCAUCGAGAGCCUGGCAGGUUUCCCAGCAGAGGAAGGUGCUGGUGCUCCCACCCCAGGCAGUCCAGUACUGAAGAUCAUCCACAACGAGGACGGUGUCUUUCUGGAUCAUGGUGAGAAGCACGAUGUGUCCUCAAUUCACAGCACCAGCAGUGCUGACAGUGACAUUGUUAACUCCCAAAAACCUUUUGAAGAUGUGGAAACCAGCACGAGCUCCUCAAGAUGUUCCUCAAUUAAGGUACCCUCACUGGACUCUACUUUUAGUUGUUCUCCUUCCCCCAGUGAAUUUUUAAAUAUCACCAGUGAGGAGAAGCUUUUGGACAAGUCACCAUCUAAAAAGAGGAAGAGCCUUCUAAAGAAAAUGGAGAAGCUGCACUUAAGGAGCUGCAAUUUAAGGAGUGGUCAGUCAAAGGCCAAACCCAUAAUAAGUGAACCUGUUCUUCUGGAAGGACUUAAUGAAGAAAAGAUGAAGAUGCUGAACUGUGUAAAUAUUUCUGACCUCUCUGGCAUCCGAACAAAGAACAAUUCUCCCUUUUCUCCCCAGAGCUGCAACAGCAGCAAUCAGUCUGUAAAUAGCAGCACAGGGAGCACUCCAAGCCCUGUUACAAAACCAGGCAGCCCCUGUGAAGGAAGGGGGACGUGUGCAGAGCACAUGGACUCCAGCAGGCUGUUGCUGGGGAAUGAUCUAUCCCAGCAAAACCUAAAAAAUGACAUGACGGUACAGAAGAACCAGAUGUUUCAAAUACCACAAGGCCAUAAACCUGGCACUUUCCCCACAGUACUUACAGAUAGCUCCCUGUCUCCACCAGACAGCUCUUCUGUCAACUGGAGAACUGGGAGCUUUCACGGGUGCAGGAGGAGCCGGAGCAGAAGCGGUUCCAGGGAUCCCCAGGGCCCCAGGAGUCCCCUGUCGGGCAGGGAUAACAGGCUGAGUGUGUAUGACAACAUGCCCACCACCGACCUGGAGAGUCUGGAGGCCGCGCAAGUCGGUGACGACGACGUUUUCUCAGAGCUGAACAGUGUCAUAGCAGAUGUCAAUGGUCUCAAAAAGCUGGUUGAUCAGUGGACAGAGAAGUUCUCAGAUGAUGGGGAUUCUGACUUUGCCAGUGACUUGACCUCUUUGUAUCCACCCUCCCCUAAAGAAAGCUCUCUUGAAACAGAGGGCUCGGAAGAUAAGGCAGCAGGGGAGGCUGAGGGAGAGAGCAGCUGUGGCCUGGGCAAGGAGAUUGGUUCUGCAGACCUGACAUACAUCACAGACUCUAAAAAGACCAACAGGCACGGGAAGCAGCAUUGGUGUGUGGAAGAGAGUGUGAGCCUGGAAAGCCUUUCCCUCCAGACUGAUGGCCAAUCAGCUGCCCAGCUGGCCCGCACACAAAAGCUGGCAUUGCUGAAACUCACAGCUUUAAUGGACAGAUAUUCCCCUUCCAGUAAGCAGGGCUGGAACUGGACCAUACCAAAGUUCAUUAAAAAACCAAAAGCCUCAGACUACAAGGACAAAAAUGUGUUUGGGGUUCCUUUACUUCUGAAUGUGCAGCGAACAAGCCACCCCCUGCCCAAUGGCAUCCUGCAAGCCCUGGAGUAUCUGAGAAGCCACUUUCUUGACCAGGUUGGCCUGUUCCGAAAAUCCGGUGUUAAAUCCAGGAUUCUGUCUUUAAGAGAAAUGAAUGAAACCAACCCAAACAAUGUCUGUUAUGAAGGGCAGUCAGCAUUUGACGUGGCAGAUAUGGUCAAACAAUAUUUCCGAGACCUUCCCGAGCCUAUAUUUACCAGCAGGCUCUGUGAAUCCUUCCUCCACAUCUACCAAUACGUGCCAAAGGAUGAGCAGUUUCAGGCUGUCCAGGCUGCUAUUCUCCUUCUCCCAAAGGAAAACCGAGAAGCUUUGAAAAUCCUCCUGUUCUUCCUGCGAGAUGUGGUGGCUUUUGUUGAGGAAAACCAGAUGACCCCAACCAACAUUGCUGUCUGUCUGGCGCCUUCUUUAUUUCACCUCAACACCCUGAGGCGGGACAGUUCCUCCUCCUCCACCAGAUCCAGUCAGAGGAAGUGCAGCUUGGGGAAGCCAGACCAGAGGGAGCUGAACGAGAACCUGGCAGCAACGCAGGGCUUGGCCCACAUGAUAAUGGAGUGCAACAGGCUCUUCCAGGUAAAGCUGCUGCCUGCCUCCCCGUGCCAUCACAGAUGACAUCAAAGGCUGGGUGACCUGCACAUACCUGGCACCUAAGGGAACUGCUACAUCCUCUGCACAGGCUUAAUCCCCAGGAUGUCGAAUCCUUUGGCCAUGACGGUGGCAGUGGCUUCGCACAGC